UCUCUCUAAUUGAUUCUCCACCUAGCUACUACACCAAUAAAAUCCCAUAAAAACCUUUUCUUUUUCUUAAAGCUUCCAAACUGACCCUGCAAAAGCAAAACCCUCUUUCCCUUCUCUUCUCUGUGAUCAUCUUAAUUAGGCCCCCCCACCAACCUCUCUAUCUUUGUAGCACACAUACAUAGAAACACAGUAAAUGCAAAGCGGCGUAGGCCGCAAAAUCUGACAAAGAAAACACCACCUUUAGCUCUCUACUCAAUACACCAAAACUGACAAGUAAGUACACGUACUUUGGGUUUUUUGACAGUUUUGUGAUACUCCAACAGUGUACGUUGUCAACUUAGUUACACACUCACUCACACUUUAACCAAAACACACAGAACCCAUUACCCCAAGUUCCCAACUGAACCCAAAAAAAUUCAAGAAUACCCACCAUAACAAAGAAACUGCUAGUUACUGCUAGAGAAACCCAGUUAAAAAAAAAAAAAUGCUUGAGACCGUGAAGUACCUAAUCGGCUCAGCCGGUGCUAGUGGCUACGGCUCAAAGUCCACGGCCGAGCAAGUCAGCGAAAGCUGUGGUGAUCUGAGCUCCAUCACAGCCAUCAUCACAGGGGCUACGUCGGGGAUCGGAGCCGAGACAGCUCUGGUUUUAGCCAAGCGAGGAGCCAGACUGGUUCUUCCGGCUAGAAGCCUCAAGGCCGCUGAAGAAGCUAAAGCUCGUAUCGUGUCGGAGUGUCCCGAGUCCGAGAUUUUUGUCAUGUCGCUCGACCUUAGCUCUCUCACUUCUGUCCGAAAUUUCGUCUCCGAGUUCGAGUCCCUCGAUUUGCCUCUCAGUCUUCUCAUAAACAACGCGGGCAAGUUUACUCACGAGCAUGCAAUCUCUGAAGACGGAGUAGAAAUGACUUUUGCCACUAAUUAUUUAGGUCAUUUUCUGUUGACGAAGCUGUUGCUGAAUAGGCUGAUCGAAACGGCAAAGAAGACCGGCGUUCAAGGCCGAAUCUUGAACGUGUCGUCGAGCAUUCACGGCUGGUUUUCCGGUGACUUAAUCCGAUAUCUCGGUCUGAUAACCCGAGACAAAAGCCAUUAUGAUGCAACACGUGCUUAUGCACUUUCGAAGCUCGCCAACGUUUUGCACACCAAGGAACUUGCUUGGAGGCUUAAGCAAAUGGAGGCCAACGUGACUGUGAAUUGUGUUCAUCCAGGAAUAGUGAGAACCAGACUCACCAGAGAACGUGAAGGCUUUGUCACAGAUUUGGUUUUCUUCUUGGCUUCCAAGCUCUUAAAGACAAUACCUCAGGCUGCUGCUACCUCGUGUUACGUUGCCACUCAUCCAAGACUGUUAAAUGUGUCCGGAAAGUACUUUGCCGAUUGCAAUGAAGCUACAACGUCAAAAUUGGGAUCCAACUCAUCCGAAGCUGUACGAUUAUGGUCUGCUUCUGAAAUCAUGGUUUCUAGAGACCCAAAAGCAGUGUUUAAUCCACUCAACGCCUUGUUUUGAAAAAGAUAUAAAAAAGUAGAAAAGAGAUAUAUAUAAGAAACAAAAAGAAAGGAAAGAAAGAAGGAGAAAGGAAAAUAUUACACACUAAAUCUAGCUAGAAGAAAUACGUUUGUAUACUGGGGUUUGAGUAUUGUAGUAAUAGAUAAUUAGAUAUGAUAUAUAUCCUUUGUAUGUUGUAAGAUAUAUAUAUAUAUAUAUAUAUGUGCACCUCUUAGUUGGUACAGGUUAAGCUAUUUGUUAAGACUUAUAAAAAUGAGAGUAUGAAAUAGAA